AUGCAAGCAGAGUGCCCUGUAGUAGCUUUAAAACAAGCACUAAGGGCGGCACGAAAGGGAAGAACAAGGGAGGUGUCCGGGCUGCCAGCGAGCCUAUGGACACCGCCGAAGACCAAAACAGGGCCGCUGGUCCAGGCUAUCGCGGCCUCUAUAUACCAGUCGAUUCAUGCACCAUCCCACACGCAAUCCGAACCGUCCAAGCGGUCGUCUAAGCGGUCGUCUAAGAUAUCCCGACUCAUCCAAGGGCUUCCCCCGGGGGUGACCCGCAAGACGACGCGGGUGGCUAAAGCGACAAAGAAGGCGUGCCUGGAGCGACAGGAGGAUAACGAGGAGGAAGCUGUCUUCGACGAGGAGCGAAGGAAGGAGCACGAGAUGCAGCCGAUUACUAUUGACGAGUCGUCCACCAGUGUCAGCAUCAACGACCAUGACUCCGACUACCGUCUAUCAACAGCUCUCUCCGAAGGAAACGCCAAUGCAACAAACAACAAGGCGGCAAGCCAGGCCGCGGGCAAGGAGAACUCACCGAUCUUCACCAGCACGGCCAGAUCGACCAAGUCUGCACCAGCGGGGCGCAGCCGUCCCAUGAAGCGUAAAUAUGGCGCGGACAGCCCCGUCGGCAAGGGCACCGUGUCGACGAACUUCAGCAACCGCGCAAUGAAUAAAAAACUCACAGUCAUCCGUACAACACGAACCGGUCAAAGGACGUCGUCAUGGCCCAACGUCAUGGCCCAAUUCAUGCGGGAUCCCACGGUCCUCAAGGCAGGCGUCAUUGCCAUCCAAGAGCCGUGGGUGAACCCUUUCCAGGAAACCACGCACCACCCGGCGAAGCAAACGCACCAGCUGUUAUACCCGCAGGCGCACGAAACGGGGGAGAACAUGCGGCGAGAUGAGGGCGCUGGAUCUCUGGUUGAAACCGGGUUCUAUCACGCGUAUGCAGGCCGGCAGUCGGUCCACGCUGGACCUAGUCUUUGCAUUGGCAAGCCUAGAUGGGAGGAUGAUCGAUUGCCGCGUGGUGGAGGAUAUACAUGCGGAUUCGGACCACUUACCGGUCCUACGGUCCUCGACUUCGCAACUGCGGAGCCCGCAGAGGCGCCGAAGCGGCGUAGCUGGAAGGAGAUGGACGAAGAUAAGUUUCUCACCUUUGUUAAUGCUAAUCUGCAGGAUAAACGUGGCCUCGUCCAGCGGGGUGUGCAAGACUCGACGCCGUGGGCUCGCCCCUCACGAUGGGCGAAUCCCGGCUUCACCCCCGAAUGCCGCGAGGCUGUCAAGGUGACACGACAGCUCCGCAGGGAACAUGUUAGAUCACAAGGCCUAGGGGACUUGGCGACGUAUACCCUGGCCCGGAAUCGCAAGGGUAAGAUCAUUGCGAGGGCUAACCGGGCUAGAUACCGAACGUGGGUGAAGGAGAUAACAGCAGAAGGGCCGAAGGGGAUGUGGAAGGUCGGUAAAUGGGCAAGGAACCGUGAAGCGUCGUCAGGGAGCAUUGUCCCCGCGCUAAAGAGGCCGGACGGGAGUCUGGCGGACACUAAUCAAGCCAAGGUGGACGUCUUGAAGGACGUCUUCUUCCCUCAGCCGCCUACCCAAGAUCUCGAGGAUAUCCAGCGAUACCUGAAAAGUGGAGCAGAUCCUAUUUCCACCGGUCUCGCUGCAGGAAGUGCGGGAUGCCAUCCUAUUAUCACCUUUAUCUUCUAUGCGUGCAUUCGCAUCGGAUACAACCCGCGUCACUUCCAGUUCUCGAUCAAGGUCACCCUUCGUAAGGGUGGCCCCAGGGACUACCGGGUACAGAAAUCGUACCGUCCGGUGGCUCUGCUGAACACCUUUAGCAAGCUACUGGAGUCGGUCAUCGCAACAAGGAUAUCGUGGGCGGCAGAGGAAAGGGGAAUCUUACCAAAGGGCCAUCUCGGGGGCCGGAAAGGUGUGUCGGUCGAUCAUGCCAUCCAGCUGAUCCUGGACCGGGUACAUCAGGCAUGGGGCGUCGACUACAAGCUGGGCUUAGGCCACUUCGUGCCGUGGAUCCAGUCAUUCUUACAGGACAGAAGCACCCGAAUCCGACUUCUAGGAUAUCGCAGUGAUCCCAUCCCAACGCCCACCGGCAUCCCUCAAGGAUCUCCGAUCUCGCCGAUUCUCUUCUUCCUCUUCAACACCCCGCUCGUACGAAGUUAUAAGUUCGAACUUAUUCACUUCCGCAACCCUCGACUACCAAAAGAGACGACACCGGCGCCGACGACACCACCAGUGCCAACGGAGGAGGACAUCUACGAGAUCCAGGCAUAUGAAGGACACAAUGAGAUGCCAUUGCAUCUACCAGAACAGACGAUUACACCAACACCGUAUGCUAAAUACCUCGGUGUUUGGCUGGACAAGCACCUCGACUUCACAACACACCGCAAUAAGGUUAUUGCAAAGGCUAAUAGCAGCCUGGAAGCUUUCCGCGGUAUCACUGGGUCCACAAAGGGGACUUCAAUAUCCUCUAUACGCAAGAUCUACAGGGCGGUGGUCAUUCCACGGCUUUUCUGGGGUCUUGCGGCGUGGUUCAGCCCGGCAAAAAUGCCAGCCACGGCGCGAACACAGAUCAUCAGAGGAUUUACAAGAAUCCAGAAGCGUGCGGCGCUGAUGAUCAGUGGAGCAUUCAAAAGCAUAUCGGCUGCGGCGCUGGAUAUUAAGCUAUUCCUGACCCUAAUUAACCUACUGAUGCAGCAAAUCAUCGAAGAAACCGCUAUCCGGAUCCAAAUGGGAGUGCCUUAG